CACCAUUAUGUAUGUAUUGUAGAUGCAUACAUAUUUCGCCAUUGAGUCUACCUUUUGACACACCUUGUACACAGAUCGUUGACGUGUGAAAUGUCGUUUCGGAAUUGGUUUCGACAGUUCCGAGCAUAGACAUCUGAUCAUCGUGAACGGAUUGUCGUAACCUUCGUGUCUUGAUCUACGUGUGCAUGCGUAAUUCGUACGGGUAUUGCUCAUUAAAUUCAAUCGCGCAUGGUGUCAGUUGUGAAAGAUAAUUAGUCGUGAAAUAUAUAGACGGAGAAUAAUAAAAUUCGAAGAAUAAAAAACUAAUAUAAUUUCGAAGAAAACGGAAUCAAUAUGAUGCAAUUUAUGUUACUGUUCAGUCGUCAAGGAAAACUCCGUUUGCAAAAGUGGUACGUCGCGCAUCCGGACAAAUUAAAAAAGAAAAUUACGCGCGAACUGAUAACCACGAUACUCGCACGAAAGCCAAAAAUGUCAAGCUUUUUGGAGUGGAAGGACGUUAAAGUCGUCUACAAAAGAUAUGCAAGCUUAUACUUUUGUUGCGCGAUUGAGCAAAACGAUAAUGAAUUGCUGACUUUAGAAAUCAUACAUCGAUACGUUGAAUUGUUGGAUAAGUAUUUUGGCAGUGUAUGUGAGUUGGAUAUAAUAUUCAAUUUCGAGAAGGCGUACUUUAUCUUGGACGAACUGCUUGUCGGGGGAGAGAUUCAAGAAACUAGCAAAAAGAAUGUACUGAAAGCCAUCGCUGCCCAGGACCUGUUACAGGAGGACGAAGCUGUGGAAGGUGCUCUGCGGGAAAUAGGGCUUUUAUAGGUACCCCAUUGUUUGCAUGAGCUUCACGGACAAAGUCUCGACCCACACGAUCGACCGAAAAACCAGAAAAGGCUUACCUGCUGCAUGAUGCCAUUACGACUCUACCAUGUUAUACAAAUUUUCAAGUCAAUCUUAUACUAGUCAUAUACGGGACUUGAGGGCUUGAGGUAUCGUGCCGACUUUUGCUCGACUGUAAAAUGCUUGAUCUCGAUUUAACCUUCGCUGAUGAAGGAGAAAGAACAGUUGGAGAUAUAUCUUUCAAUACUCACAGUCGAGAGGAAGCGCGCGUGCGAUGUGUCGAGUGCUUUCCGUGUAUGUUAAUAUAUUUUUAUAUGUCGAAAAUAUCCCGAGUCUUGUGUGUAUAGAAAAACAAAAGGAUAAAAGAAAGAAAUGUUACGUUACUGACCAAAGGCUGAACUGCAGUUUUUAAAUCUGAAUUAUAACUUUUAAUGUACGUAUACGUAGUAUUAUUAUACGUACAUUAAAAGUUAUAAUUCAGAUUUAAAAACUGCAGUUCAGCCUUUGGUCAGUAACGUAACAUUUCUUUCUUUUAUCCUUUUGUUUUUCUAUACAAUACUAACAAAGUGACGAUAGUUACCCUUAUACGAUAGUUGCGUACUUUAAUCUUCAACUCUGUGGCAAUAAAAUCAUUUGUAUUCAUGUGUUAUUUUGACGAAAAUUAUUGUGUAUGUGCUGCUAAGAAGAACAUCGUCAGUAUUAAUGCGACUACUUAUAUAGAAAACGUAUAUACUUGUUUAUCUACCUAUUUAAAAACACUACUAUAAAAUUACAAUUAAUUCGAAACCUAUCUUUAUAUACCACACUUUGUAUAUAUUAUAUAUGUAUAUACCACAUAUGUUAUAUAUAUAUAAGCAUCGUCAAUUUCUAAUGUGUGUCAUUAUACACUAAGUGUAACUUGGUAAAAACGUUAGUAAUAAAUAUAUAGAAUAAAAUCUCU